AUGGAUGACAGUUACUUAAACUCGUCUAAUUACCCAUCUAAUUCCAACGCAGUGGGAUUAAAUUUCGACCCAACUUCAUACAUUACUGAUAGUUCUUUAAAAUCCUCAUUCAUUCCGAGAAAUACAAUUGAUGUCAGUAGCUUUGUUUCAGUGCAAAAUGGAGACUAUCCUUACACUGCUUUCAAAAUUUAUUGUAAAGAGCUUCGCUCACUAGGAAUUGAUCAAAGAUAUAUAGUCACACUUCUUUGGAAGCAAGAACCGCCAAUUGUGAAACAAUUCUAUAUAAACAUUGCAGAUACUGCCAACGAUAAAUAUGAAGAAAAGUGGCCUAAUGUACCAAGACGUCGAUUACCAGUUAACCGACAAUCACCAUCCACUGCUAGAGUAACCCAUUCAAGAAAUAACUCCUUGUCUUAUAUUCCGGCAAUAGAGACAAAUUAUCAACCAAACAAUGUGCUUCCUUAUAAUAGAACUGUUAAUCCACCGAACAUAUGUAAUCGACCCGACUUGACGUCAUCUAACGUGAUUUGUAAUCAAUCCAGCUUGACGUCAUCUAACGUGGUUUGCAAUCAAUCUCGUUUGACGUCAUCUAACGUGAUUUAUAAUCAACCUCGUUUGACGUCAUCUAACGUCAUUUAUAAUCAAGCUAGCUUGACUCCAUUUAACCUGAAUUGUAAUCAACCUAACUUGACGCAAUCUAACAUAAAUUUUGAUCAAUCUGGAUUGACACCAAUUAACGUGAAUUGUGAUCAACCCAACUUGACUCAACCUAAUGCCAAUUUGAACAAGCGAUCUAGAGGAACCUACACCAUCGCUGCUUGUGAUCAUUGUAAAAAGUCAAAAGUCAAAUGCAAACCUUCUAGCAGUGAUUUAUGUGAACGAUGCGGUGAAAAAAACGUCGAUUGCACAUUCAGUCCACAGAAAAGAAGAGGUCCUAACUCAAAGUCUAAUAAGGCCAAUUGCACAUUCAGUCCACAGAAAAGGGGAGGUCCUAACUCAAAGUCUAAUAAGACCAAUUGA